AUGGCUGAUAUUUAUACUGAAAUUAAAGGGAUUAAACAGACCAUUAAGGAUAAGUUUAGCAAUAUUACAGAGACUAUUGAAAAUAGUGGAACAACAAACGGUAAAAAUAAAGGUUGGAAACAACUUUUAUCAAGUGCAAAGGGUAGUCCAUUUCAAUAUAGUCAUAUUAAUUUGGAUCAUAAAAAUAAAUAUUUUAACGCGAAUACUCAUUUAUUGGAGAAUACAGUGGAAUCUAAUAGUUCUUCCAAUUACAGAAUUUGUAACAGUUGUGGAAGACCAAUUAGCUUAGAGACAAUUGUUGAUCAUUUAAAUAAUCAUUGUAAUUCAAACUCAACUGAAAAGGAUAGAAUGAAUUCUUCAGAUAAUAUUGAUAUAGGGGACACUUCAAAUGUCGAAGAUAAUUCUAUCAUACUGGAAAAUACAGAUGAUAAUAAACGUUCAAUGUCAGAAUUGGCAAUGUCAACACCAGAACAGCCCUCAACUCCUAGUAAGAGACAAAAAACUAGUCAAGGCCAGAAUGGAACAAGGAAACAAAGAAAAGUCAAACAGAGGAAUCCUACUGAAAAGCACUUAAUCGAUUUUGAUAAACAAUGUGGUGUUGAAUUACCAGAAGGUGGAUAUUGUGCACGCUCGUUAACCUGUAAGUCCCACUCAAUGGGGGCUAAAAGAAGUGUAUUAGGUAGGAAUCAGCCUUUUGACGUUUUAUUAGCUGAUUAUCAUAGGGAACACCAAACCAAAAUUGGUGCGGCUGCUGAAAAAAGAGCUAAACAACAAGAAAUACAGAAACAACAGAAACAAACUCAAAAGGAACAGAAAAAACAGGCCCAGGCUAAAGCAAGAUCUAAGAAUUCGGGUUCUUCAAGGAAGUUUGCUGCUAAGCAAGACCUUGUUGCUGAUGACCCUAACACUAAUGUUAUAAUGCUUACUCCAGAAGAAGAGACUACUCAGGUAUUAAAUGGUGUAUCAAGAUCGUAUCCAUUACCUCUUGAUUCUACUAUAUUGUACUCAGUUAGACGCAGAACAAAAUAUUUUAGAAUGAGAGAAAUGUUUGCGUCAUCAUUUACAGUAAAAGCCGGGUAUUCUUCACCUGGUUAUGGUUCUAUUCAUUCUCGUGUAGGUUGUAUUGAUAUAGACAAGUCGACAGAAUAUAAAUUUAGAGUAAGGACACCACAGGCCACUAAUCAGCUACAGCAACAACAAAGUUCACAAAACUCACAAAAUCAAGCACAACAACUUCAAAAAGCACAACAACAAAGGUUGUUACAGGCACAAAUCAUGCAACAACAAAAACAACAACAACAACAGUUACAAAUGCAGAGACAAAACCAAGGUCAGAACCAAAAUAUAAACCAGGGCCAAAAUCAAAUAUCGAAUAAUGCUGUGCCAACCAGUAAUAUACCUCAAUCAAUAAAGCAGACGCCAGAAAAUUCCAAAGAUAGUGAUUUAACACCUCAGGAGAUUCAAUUUCAACAACAAAAAUUACGACAGCAACAGAUUCAACAAAACAAAUACGAAGCAGCUGCUUACCAUAUGGCAAAUAACACUAAACUAAGUCCUGGCUCACCUUCUUCGAUGGGACAAGUUGGAAGUCCAGUUGGUGGUGGAAGGGUUAACGUAGGAAUAGGAAGUUCUGUUAAUGGUACUGGUGCUCGAGUAAACUGA